GUUAAAAACAGAACCAACUUUAUCACCGGAUCACAUAACUAAUGGUCAACAAUGCAAUGCUUAAAUCUAGUCUUAACGUACGUGCAUCAGUGGUGCACCAUGUACUAACCGAUACUACUGUUUUUCCUGGAAAGAGAAGAGGAGUACUUGUUAUUAGCGUUCUCCUUACUCCAGACAUAUGGUCGACGUUUUGUGCAACAAGUUUGCUAGGGAGUGCUUAUAAAAAUGUAGCCAAUUUAGCAGCAGCAGAGGCAGUUGCAUUUACUGGACUAAUCAGAUCCUUUCUAAGGUCUAGAUUACUUUGGGAGAAGAACGCUAGCUUGGUACUGAAAAGCCAGAUACUAAUUGCUUUCUCUGUUUCCUCAGUGAGAGCUAGGAUGGAGAUGUUAAGUUAUUUCCUCCUCGCAUUGCUUGGUAGCUUUGCUCUUCCAAUUUACGUUCAUGCUCAGGAUCAAACAAGUUUCAUUAGUUUAGAUUGUGGAUUGCCCGAAGAUUCGAGCUAUUCUGAAGCUGUAACAGGCAUAAGUUACAUUUCAGAUGCUGCCUAUGUAGAAACUGGAAGUAGUGAGAGUGUACUAUCUGAAUUCACGUCAGGGGAACACAAGCAGAUGUGGACUGUUAGGAGCUUCCCUGAAGGGGACAAAAACUGUUACAACCUAAACCUCAAAAAGGGUGAUCGGUAUUUAAUCAGUGCAUCGUUCAUGUAUGGAAACUACGACAAAAAAAAUGAAGCACCACAAUUUGAUCUGUACCUGGGGCCUAACUUCUGGAGUACGGUGGCAUUACCAGAUGCGUCAACUACAAAGUUCUUGGAGAUCAUUCAUACCCUCCAGUCAAAUCACUUGUAUGUUUGUCUUGUAAAUACAGGGAAUGGGACGCCAUUCAUUUCGGUAUUAGAGCUAAGACCUUUGAAAAAUACAACUUACGAAAGUGAAACUGGAUCCAUGGAGCUCUUCAUAAGGUACGAUGUUGGUUCAACAACCAAUUCAUUCAGGUUUAACAAAGAUGUUUAUGACCGUUUUUGUUACAAUGACUACCAACCACCAUCCCUUGCAAUGAUAUCUGCUGGGACGCCUGCUGAUGCUCGUAAUUCGUUGGAUUUUUACCUUGACUCGUCGGACUUUAAUGACAAGUUUUAUAUCUAUAUGCACUUUGCUGAAGUUGAAGAGCUGGAAGCCAACACGUCACGCGUGAUGAGCAUCUCUCACAACGGUGUGCAUUUGUAUGGGCCUUUUACUCCUGAGUAUUUGCAUGCAACCACUGUAUUCACCCGAACAGCCUGGAAAGGUGGACAGUAUGCGCUCUUUUCAAUCUACAAAGCAAGAGGUUCAUCUCUUCCACCCAUCCUUAAUGCCUUUGAAAUUUACAAGGAAAAACAGUUCCCAAAGUUACAAACAGCCCAACGAGAUGAUGAUGCUAUCUUGAACAUAAAAUCAAUAUACGGAUUGAAGAGAAACUGGCAAGGAGAUCCUUGUGCUCCUCGUGGACACUUGUGGGAGGGUCUUGACUGCAGACAGAACGAUAGUUAUCCACCUAGAAUCAUAUCCUUGAAUUUAUCCUCCAGUGGUUUGACAGGAGAAAUACCUUCUUGUAUAGCCAAUCUCACCGAAUUGCAAUAUCUGGACUUGUCUAACAAUAGUUUGGCCGGAUCAGUUCCUGAGUAUCUUUCCGAGCUGCAGUUCUUGAAAGUGAAAUUUCUUUCUCAGUUAAAAUACUCGUUACUGCUAUGCAAAUUGCAGAAAUUUGGAAAGUCAAAAGGAAAUCCAAAUCUUUGUGCAUCAACGUCAUGCAAGAAGACAACAGGCAAGGGUAUUGUUGUUCCAGUAGUAGUCUCAGCUUCUUCACUUUUGGCCAUCAUAAUUGCAUCGGCUAUCAUUUGGAGACUUAAAAGGAGAAAACUUCUUGCUAGGAAGACGGUAGCUAGGGAGACGGAGGGUUACAGAAAAUCAUGCCUCUCACUGGGGCCAAAAAAUCCAAGAGUAACAUAUUCUGAGGUCCUGAAGAUCACAAACAAUUUUGAGAAAAUUCUUGGUAAAGGAUCUUUUGGAACGGUUUUUCACGGCUACUUCGGUGACAUUCAAGUGGCAGUGAAGAUGCUUUCUCCACUAUCAGUUCAAGGAUAUAAGGAAUUUGAAGCAGAGGUCACACUUCUUUUAAGAGUUCAUCACAAAAAUUUGACAAGACUCAUAGGAUACUGUUAUGAAGGCACCUACAUGGGGCUAAUCUAUGAGUACAUGGCC